AUGGCUUUUAUUCCCGUAAAAUCUCUGAUGACUACUUUAGAGCUUCAGUUUCUACACCCCCAACCACGAGUGAUUCUCACAAACAAAAUGCAGAUUAUGUCUCUUCAUGAAAAACUUGGGCAUUUGCUAGUUUUUCUUGAGGAGUGUGAGAAGAAAGAGAACAUUUGUGAGGAGAUGGAAGGAGUGACAAAAAAAAUUAGAGAAGUGAGUGCCAAGGCUGAAGAUUACAUUGAAGCGGAGCUGUUGGAGGAUCGUCUAACAGAUACAGCCUUGCAGCGCUUAGUGGAAGGCGUUGAAGAACUGAUGAUCCAGAUUACAAGGAAUACCAAUCACCUUGUCAACAAUAGUAAUCCUCCCAGCAGGGGGGUUGGUGGUUCCUCUCAAGGCACCUCAAUGGUGGGACACUCAGAAGAACUGGAAAAGGUGAUGUCUCAGCUCCUUCGAGACGGAUGUAGACCACGCCAAGUAAUUGCCAUGGUAGGCAUGGGCGGAGUGGGCAAGACAACUUUUGCCAAGACAAUAUAUGAGGACUCUAUCAUUAAAUCUCGUUUCGAUUUACUUGCUUGGACGACCAUAUCCCAUGAGUAUAACAAAAGACAAGCGCUCCUUGACCUUUGUCGUUGCAUCAUGCCAAUGGAGGGCGGUGAUCUACAACUCCAACUGCACCGAAUAUUAUCGGGCAAGAGGUACCUUAUUAUUGUGGAUAACAUAUGGGAAACUGAAGCCUGGGAUGAUAUCCAGAUGUGCUUUCCAGAUAACAAUAACCGGAGCCGAAUAUUGUUGACCACUCGGGAUAGGAGGAUAGCCCUGCAUGCCACCUCUCCAGGUGAGUAUUGUCAUGAGAUGCGUUUCUUAAACUCAAGUGAAGGUUGGGAUUUAUUUAAUCAAAAGUUUUUUGAUAAAGAGUUUCUGAAAAAUGAGUUUGAAACAAUCGGGAGGAACAUUGUUAAAAAAUGUGAUGGUUUACCGCUAGCAAUUGUGGUGCUAGCAGGGCUUCUAUCCAACAUCAAAGAGUCAAUAGAUGAAUGGGAAGUUGUUGAGGCAACAAUAAUAAAUAAUCUUGAUGAACAAGUUUCAACAAUAUUCUCUUUGAGUUACAACAACUUGCCUAGCCACUUGAAGGGUUGCCUUUUGUAUUUAGGUGUUUUCCAUAAAGAUUGUGAUAUUCCAAUUAAAAAGCUCAUUAGGUUGUGGAUUGCGGAGGGAUUUGUAGGGACUAUGAGUCCUAGCAAGAGGCUAGAAGAAGUGGGUAGAGAUUAUUUGCAAGAUCUCAUUGAUAGAAGUCUAAUUAUGGUUCAAAGAAGAAGAUUUGAUGGAAAAAUCAAGACUUGUAAGAUGCAUGAUACACUACAUGAGUUGUGCACAAGCAAGGCUAAAAUUGAUGAGAACCUUUUGUACCUUGAAACUAAGGGUAGUAGCGAUCGUUUUCGUCGCUUUAUUGGAUUGGGUGAUAGGCGUUGGUUAAGUCUUAAAGUAGCAAUUCCAGCUUUUCAUUUGGUCAUUAAUUCCGGGAAAUGUCGUUCCAUUUUAUGUUUUAAUUUGGCUGUAAACUGCGAUCGUGAAUGGUAUUUGCUGGCCAACUCUUUAAAGAAGUUAAGAGUGUUAGACUUGAGCAAGAUUAACUUUGCAUUAGGUAUGCCUCCAGACAUUACAGAUCUUGUUUUCCUAAGGUACCUAGCAAUAGCCUCAAGUAAUGUUCUAAACUGUAUACCUUUGCGGAAGAAUUGGAAUCUGCAGACCCUAGUUGUCGCAGAAGAUGACAAUGGUGCCUGUAGGCUGCCUCCUGGAAUUUGGGACUUGCCACAGCUAAGAGUGCACAAUGGAAGUGUUUUCCAGAAUCCCAAAUGUUAA